AUGAGGAGAUGUUUCUCCAAACGUAUUGGUAUUUCAUGUUUCAAUCCUAAACUCUCAGAUGCUUCGUCGCUGGCUGCUAUGUCUGCUGUAGCUACAUGGUACGGAGGGCCAAAUGCUGAUGGUAGUGAGGGUGGCGCUUGCGGUUAUGGGGCGGAUGUAGGGAAACGACCAUUCGCUUCAAUGAUAUCAGCUGGUGGCCCUUCUCUUUUGAAGAACGGCAACGGGUGCGGUAACUGUUAUGAAGUGAAAUGCACGGCACAUCCAUCUUGCUCAGGAAAACCAGUGCGUGUGGUGAUUACAGACUCUUGCCCAGGUGGUCCUUGUGCUCAAGAUUCAGUCCAUUUUGAUUUGAGCGGUACUGCUUUUGGAGCCAUGGCUCGUCCCGGACAAGAACAACAAUUGAGGAAUGCUGGCCGCGUGGCGGUACAAUAUCAACGAGUGAAAUGCAACUACCGCACCAAGAUAGUGUUUAAGGUGCACAAUGGUUCAAACCCCGAGUAUUUUUCUACUCUGGUUGAAUAUGAAAACACAGAUAGCGAUAUCGCCUCCAUUGAUCUUCAAGAUAUAUCAGUCUCUUCUAAUUGGAAACCGAUGCAGCGAUUAAUGAGUGCUAAGUGGAAGUUGAACUCACCAACUCCAAUGAAAGGUCCAUUUUCUCUCCGUCUCAAGGCAGCUGGGAAGACGAUUGUUGCCCAAAAUGUUAUUCCAGCAGGGUGGAAACCUGGUGCUACAUAUCGGUCAAAUAUCAAUUUUUAA